AUGGCAAGCUCACAGCCAUUUCCAUCUCCUUUUCUCUCGGCCCGACCCACCAUACCCGACCCGGUAACCCGACCCAUCAUCCCAUCGCUUCGCACUAUCAAACGGGUCAAUUUCAAGGUUGAGGCAGCUAAGCUCCCUGCCGGAGUGGAGUUGCCUAAACAGCAGCCCAAAUUCAAAGCCCCUUUUAUGGGCUUCACAAGAACAGCUGAGAUUUGGAAUUCAAGGGCUUGUAUGAUUGGCCUUAUUGGGACCUUCAUUGUUGAACUGAUUUUGAACAAGGGGAUUCUUCAACUAAUUGGGGUGGAUGUUGGGAAAGGCCUUGAUAUUCCUCUCUGA